CCUUUUCGUAAUCUCCGUUCCUCUUCUCUCUAAAAAAUCACUCGUCUCCCCAAACAACCUCCCGAAGCGAAACAAACAGGCGCUAAAGAGAGAGAGAGAGAAAAGUAAGGGGGAGAGACAGCUUCGUGCUGGCAAUGGAAACCGUCGCUUUUUAGAUCUCGAAAACCCUAGCUUUUUUACCUUUUAUCAUUUAAAGAAUUUUUUUCUCUCUAGAUUCUGUCUCAUUUUUUUCUUUUCAAGAAUCUAGUUAGCCACUGAUCGGAGCUUUCACUUACUCUGCCUUUCGAAGCAUUGUUGGCUUACAAAAUUUUUUUUUGGUAGCAUAAUUGAUCUUUUUAACUGACGAAGAAAUCAACAUUCCGUGUUCUGUUUGAUUCUGUCGUGGCCGGCUUUUUUAUCCGGUUUCGUUCUGUUUUUUUACCUGCAUUUUACGUUAUAGUUCAUCGGGACGGCCUCGCUGUUUGUUUCGUUGGAGAAAGUGUUUGUUAGGGUUUUUGGAGAAGAGAGAUAGAAAGAGAAUGGAAAUGGUGAAGUCUGUGUAAAAGGAGAGAAGGAGAUAGAAGAGGAGAGGUGACAAUGGACGAUAGAGGAGGUUCAUUCGUCGCUGUUAGGAGGAUUUCUCAAGGUCUCGAGCGAGGCAACACCUGCCAUUCAACUUCUGCUGAGGUUGUGGCAGGAUCAGCAGCAUGGUUGGGGCGAGGUCUUUCUUGUGUUUGUGCACAAAGAAGGGAGAGUGAUGCUCGUCCAUCAUUUGAUAUAACCCCUGCCCAGGAGGACUGCUUGCAAAGGCUGCAAAACCGUAUAGAUAUUGCCUAUGAUAGUUCAAUCCCUGAGCAUCAGAAUGCUUUAAGGGCCUUAUGGAAUGCUGCGUUUCCUGAAGAACAACUUCGUGGUUUAAUAUCUGAGCAGUGGAAGGAAAUGGGGUGGCAAGGGAAGGAUCCAUCUACCGAUUUUAGGGGUGGUGGUUUUAUAUCGUUGGAGAACUUGCUAUUCUUUGCUAGGAGUUUCCCAAAAUCCUUCCAGGAUCUCCUUCGGAAGCAGGAAGGUGAUCGGUCUGUGUGGGAAUAUCCAUUCGCUGUAGCUGGUGUGAACAUCACAUUUAUGCUCAUUCAGAUGCUUGAUCUUGAAGCAGUCAAACCAAGGACAAUGGUUGGAGCAACCUUCUUAAAGUUCCUUUCAGAGAACGAAUCAGCGUUUGACCUUCUCUAUUGCAUCACAUUCAAGCUAAUGGACCAUCAGUGGCUCGCUAUGCGUGCAUCCUACAUGGACUUCAAUACAGUGAUGAAAGCCACACGUCGUCAACUGGAAAGGGAGCUUUUACUGGAAGAUAUAACGCGGCUGGAGGAUCUGCCUUCCUUCAGUCUUCUUGCACGGUAGAGUAGCUGUUCAGCAGACUUAAAAGCUAUGAAAAUUGGAAACGUGGCCUUUCCUUUUACCAGAUGUCUUUCAAAGCUUAGCCUAGAUAAAUGUACAUGUGCUUAUUUCAAACAAGUGGUAUUGGUGUUCCCAUUUGAUUUUUCAGAAACCAAAAAAAAAAAAAGGAUUUAAGAUUUUUCCCUAGACAUAGGAAAGCAAGCUGAGUGUGGAGGAGUGUCGCAUCCAGUUUUGUCAGGUUGUGAUGUCAAAUGAUUCAGUCUGAUUUACUGCCUGCACUUGCCUGGCAUUCUUACCACGAAAUCCUGGCUUCAAAUAAUCCGACCUCCUAAUUUCCAUCA